UAUUGUUUGUAAACAUUUUUAACGAUGGAUUCAUCCGAAGAGCAAUAUUCUGCUUUAAAAGUAGAAUUCCGACCAAAAAAGAGAAUUAAGUGUUUAAGAACAAAGAGAAAUUCAUCAGAUAGUGAAGAUGAUAAAGAAGAAGGAAAUAUGAGUGAGUUGUUAGAAGAUGCCAAAGAAUUGAGAAAAUUAAGGAAAAGGCCCAAUGGUGUCAGUGCUAUUGGUUUAGCAUUGGGGAAGAAACUCUCAACUGAAGAAGAGCUUGUUACAGAUGAUCCUUUCAAAUUAAAGACUGGUGGUUUUAUUGACAUGAAAGCAUUGAAUAGAAGAGGCAGAACUGGAACUGAAGAAUUGGAUGCUGUAAAUCUAGGAAGUGUUUUCUCAGCAGAAACUAAUCGAAGAGACGAAGAUGCUGAUAUGAUGAAAUAUAUUGAAGAAGAAUUACAGAAAAGGAAAGGAAUAAGUCAUCCUUCUUCUAAGAUUGAAGCUCUAAAGAAAGCAGAAAUUGGUGCACAUGAAAGUGAUGACAGUGUUGGCAGUGAAGGACCUUCAAAAGUUGACAAUGUGUUGUUUGAAGUUCCAGAACAUUUACGGCAAUCCACAACCAAAAAGUCAGAAGAGAUGUUGUCUAACCAAAUGUUAUCUGGAAUUCCUGAAGUAGAUUUAGGAAUAGAGGAGCGUAUCCGAAAUAUUGAAGCCACAGAGGAGGCUAAACUCCAAAUGCUCAGAGAGAGACUGAAAAAGAAGGAAAAGAGCAUGUCCUUUGUACCUACUAACAUGGCUGUCAAUUUUGUUCAACACAACAGAUUCAACAUAGAUGAACUUGACCAACCAAAACAAAAGAAAAUCAGAAAAGAAGUAGUUCCAGAGGAUAAGAAUUCACCCCCUAAGGCAGCAGCUCCAAAAGGAGUUCCAAAAACAAAAGAAGAUGAAGAAAAAGCUACUGAUGAUUUCCAUUUUGAAAAAUUCAAAAAACAAUUUAGACGCUUCUAAAAUGGACUUGCAAUGAUGGGAAGAAAGAAAAAAAAACAUUCCUGAUAUGAACUUUUCAUUGCAAAAAACAGAGGGGAAAAAAAAAAAAAAAAAAAAAAAAGAGUUCUAAGGACUACAGAACUGUAAACUUUUAAUUUCAAGGUUUAGACUGUACAUAUAGCCUUCACAAAUAUCUCAUAUACAUGAUUCAUUGACUUUUACAAGAAUAAUAUUAUUUUGUAUGGAAUUGUUAUUUAUUAAAUGUUAGAAAAGAUGU